AUGCGGCUUUGCGAAGGCUUCCAAGGGGUGGGCGCAAAAAAAAGAGAGAUCCAAAUCCCUCCAAUGAAUGGCAAGGGAGAACGAAUCCCGCCAAUGAAAAGCUGCCGAUUCAAGGAGCCAACCCCCACGCACGCAAAUACAGGUACAACGGGCCUCGAGAGGCGGGGACGUGUAACGGAAUCGUCGUAGCCAACCGGCUCCUCCGGAAGGGAGAGCGACGCGCCUAUCCUCCACUGAGAAAGAAGGGUUGUCGACAAAAGGGCGGAGCUAGCGGACGAAUGGCACGUCGGGUAGCCAUGGCUACCCAGCAAGGAGAGAUUUGGGGCGCGCGGGGUGGGGGUUGGUAUGUUCAGAUUUCAAGUGAGGAAAUCGAUGAAAAAGAAAAUAAAUAUCAAAGAGUGUGGGGGAAAAGCACUCGACAGCGUUAUCCCAGUAAAACAUCCAGCAACGCUAGUUAGCGCAGUCAGACGUGCACAUGAGGUGGUGGUUUCACGUGUAUUAGGGUUACAUUUAUAUCGCACCUUUCAUCACCAAUGAGCUCAAGGGCGGCAUGCCUCCUUCCCACUCAUCAUCACACCAGCCCUGUGAGGUAGGCUAUCUUGCCACCUCAGUACAUAAUGAAACACUUUCCCCUGCCCAUAUGUACCUCGAGGGGACCUGCCUUAAUGUCAAGAGGCAGGGAGUUCCAAAGGGCAGGUGCAGCUACACUGGGAGUGCAUUAUCGAGCACUUGUAAAAGCACACACUAUGCAGAUCAAAGAAGCUGAAUGGGCACUUGUGGGGCAGCUUCCUGUGUUCCCAGACCUUUGAGCAAAAUUUAGAAGGAGUGAUCCCAUUCACUUAUAGGAAUGUUCUUGCUGAUUCAAAUCCUCUUUCCUUAUUUAGAGAGAGAAAAAUAA